AUGUUUAAUCCUAGUCUAGGCUGGCAAAAGCUACAAGAUGUGUAUUAUUUUCUUAGACCGUGCUACGAAUCCCUCAAUUGGUCUAUCACAAACCUUUACCAAAAUAAUAAUGUAAAGAUAUCUCCGCAAUCAACAUUGCUUGCCAUUACGUCAAAACAUGUACCGCAUCCCACUAUUAUAGAUAUAUAUAGUAUUUCCGGAGUGAAGCUUUGCUUCUUCGCUUAUAAUAGUCGUCCAGGAGACCAUAUUGUAGACUUUGCUUUCAAGGAUGAGGACUUGGUUGUGGUGUUAAGUAGUUUAAAGUUUAGAUACUAUAAAGAUUUCCAGGGCAAUUUCAAUGAGUACGAAUUCACCAGUGAUUUGAUACAUUUGGCUGAUGUUAACGGAAACGUAGAUGAAGAUAAGCAUGCUGAAGUAGAGGAGACAGAAAUUCACUCAAUUGAUGAAGUAUUGGAGGUGAAAGUGUUUGGGACUUUCUUGGUUAUCAAGUUAGAAACUUCAUUUAUCAUUACCGAUUUGACCAACUUCAAGAACUACACAAUUCCGUUCGAUAAAUUGUUUCAGUCUGCAUCUUCUUCAUCGCUUCAUUUCUUCGACAUACUUUCAUUAACGCAGGAUUCGUUGACCCUCCUUGUAAGUUACGAUGUAUCCAUUUUCACCAUCAAGAUGGAUCUACUUGUACAGGAAUUUGAAGUGACCGACGAAGGUUUAACAGAGGGACCGUUCGAUCAAAUCUCAAGUUCUCCAAAUGGAAUGUUGGUUUCCUUGUAUAAUGCUAAAGAAUCUAAGAUUUUCGUCAUCAACAGUAAAUUUGACCAAGUACUUUUGGAAUAUGAUACGUCCAAUGAAUUGUACAGUCCAUAUCAAGUUGGUUGGUGUGGGAAUGAUGCUAUUAUAUUAUCUUUACGUGAUGAGAUCAAAUUGAUUGGACCGGGCCAAAAAUCGAUUUCGUUUUAUUACGAUUUGGAUGGCGAUGAUGACAUGUUUGCUGAUGGGUCCAAACAACAAGCCGAUGAUCUAGGAUCUAUAACUGUACCUAUCCUUAAAUCAGAAGUGGAUGGAUUGAAAAUAAUUACUUCUUCCAAAGUAGAGUUUAUCUCAAGAGUGCCAGAAACAAGUCUUUCCUUAUAUCAGAUUGGAUCUUCCUCACCUUCUUCGAUCUUAUUAGAUUGUAUCGACAAACUUUCACAGCAUUCUCCAAAGGCUGAUACAAAUAUUUCAUUAUUAAAAUCUGACAACUCUCUACAAUUGGCAAUGAACGAAUGUCUUCAAGCAUCUCUUGAUGAAUUUCAGCCAUUCUGGCAGAAGAAAUUACUAAGAGCAGUUUCGUUUGGAAAGGUGUAUAUUGACGAUGGAAGCUAUGACGCCGAUGAAUACCUUCAAAUCGUAUCAUACUUGAAAGUCCUAAAUCAGAUUCGAUCGCCUGACGUUGGUAUCUUUAUUACUUACAAAGAACUACUUCAAAUAGGUUGGUCUGGGAUAAUUGACAUGCUCCUCAAAAGAAAUCUUCACUUUUUAGCUCUUAAAGUAAUAGGUCUCAUUAAGCAGGAUGAGUUCAUCGAAAAGGUAUAUAUCCAUUGGUGUUGCUACAAAAUUACCAAAGAACUCAACAUGAGUGAUGUAGAACUAUUUGCAAUCAUUGCUAAAAAGUUGAAAGAGUAUGCAACGUCUUCGCAAGACCAGCAACAUCUGAGGCUGCAGAAGCAAAAAAUUUACAAGAAUCUUAUAAGCGUUGAUGAAAUUUCUGAAGUCUCAUUCCAAGAGGGUAGAAUUGAGCUUUGCAAGCUUCUAAUCAAUUUGGAACCUUCCAUUUUGAAGAAGAUCAACAGUUUCGUCAUUUUGGGAGACUUGGAAUUAGCGUUGAUUAAGUCAUUUCAAACUGGUGACUUUGACUUGUCUACAUUAAUAUUAUUACAACUUCAAGACUCUCUCUCUCCGGUCCAGUUUUUCAAGAUCUUGAACCAAAAUGAGCAAAAGGGUGGAGGAAUUACCGAUACAUCAUUGAAUGAAAUAAGUAACUAUGAUGAUAUCAAAGAUUUUUUACAUCUUUCUGACGAUAAAAAUCUAUUUAUCCAUGGUGACUUAAUCAGUAAUUUUUGGAUUGAAAGUAUUGGAAAGGAAAACAAUAAUCUUCUCAAAUCUUACUAUGAUAUGGAAGACAAACAAUUUCCAGCUAAAGAAGUUCUUCGAAAGGAGGAAAAUCAAGAAAUAAGUAAGAGAAGGCAGCUAUUGACAAAAUUUAUCCACUCCUCCUCUACUCCUAAAAAGGAUAUCCCUGCUUAUGAGUACGAGUUACACUUUCUAAAUUUAAAAAGCAAAUUGGUUGAAACGUACCAAGAUGAAUCUUUCUUAGAAGAAAAAUCGAUACUUUCUAUCCUUACCAAGUUAGUAUUAAUGAAUCAAAUUAAGGCAGCUACCAAGAUAUCUCGUGAAUUUAAAGUUAGUAAGGAAAAGUUUUGGUGGUUAGCGUUAGAAGUUCUAACAAAGGCAGAAAAGUUCGAUACUUUGUACCAAUUUAUAACAUCUUCAUCAAGUUCACCUUCUUCUCUAUCGGAUCUAAAGUCCCCUAUCGGAUUUCAAGCAAUUGUUGAUAGAUGUUUUGCCUUCAGCGCACCAGCUUCUCACCUUUCUGUAUACAUAAAAAAUUGCACGAAUAUUCAUUAUACCGAGAAGAUCAAAUUACUUAUCAAGAAUAAGGAUUUGUUGCUGGCUGCAGCAGAAGCCUACAGAUUCAAGGAUGUUGAAUUUUUGCAUGCAAUUCAAGAAAAGGCAAACAGAGAGGGUAAUGCACAAGUGGUGAAUACUAUUAAGACAUACAUAAGUAGACUAGGAUAUUAG